UUAUUUCAAAUUUUUUUAACUAUUUUUUCCUUUCCAUAACAGUGUCUUGGCCUCUUUUUUCUCUAGCUUUGAGUCGUCUUUGUGGUAUUUUAAUCAAUCAAUCACGACCUCCCACCUCAAAUAUCAUAUCUUUCUGGAUCUUAUACUUCUUUGAUCAGAAAUCUCAUAUUCGUUUUCUAUAUUCUUUUUCCUUUCUUGGAAAAUUCCAUCAUAAGCUUUCUGGAUUUUCAUUCUUGCAAGACAAUUAUAUAUUUUCAAACAGCAACGUUCUUCACCCUUCAAACCUUUUUUUUGGCUUUUUGAGAGCUAUUAAUCUGAAUUGAAGAAGAUCUGUUUAUUUGUGACCUCUUUAAUUUUUUAUACUGUCUGCUUGAAUGUGCUCAGAAACCAAAGAUACUGUUUUUUUUUUUUUUUUUUUUUUUCCUUCUGUUUUGGAAUCUUCUUCCUUGUUUCUGGUCAAAGAGUUUCUGGGUUUUGGCCCAUUUUGCUAGAAUUUCUCAUUUAUUCUUUAAAUGGAGGGAUUUUUAUAGUGGCAUUAUAAAAGUCUACUCCUAGAUACAUUAGGGAUUUAUGUGUGUUUGCUGUCAUAGUGAGUCUCAUUUUCUUCUCGAAGGUGUAGAGAUGGUGAGAGGAAAGACUCAGAUGAGGCGCAUAGAGAACGCCACAAGCAGGCAAGUGACCUUCUCCAAGAGGCGAAAUGGGCUGCUAAAGAAAGCGUUUGAGCUAUCAGUGCUGUGUGAUGCCGAGGUUGCACUCAUAAUUUUCUCUCCCAGGGGCAAGCUCUAUGAAUUUGCAAGUUCCAGCAUGCAGGAGACAAUAGAUCGCUACCAGAGGCACACGAAAGAGAUUCAAAUUAACAAUAAAUCUGUUGAACAAAACAUGCAGCACUUGAGGAUUGAAGCAACAAACAUGAUGAAGAAGAUCGAGCUUCUUGAAGUUUCGAAACGGAGACUCCUGGGUGAAAGCUUGGGAUCAUGCUCUAUUGAAGAGCUACAACAGAUAGAACAUCAGUUAGAGAGGAGCGUAAACAAAGUCAGAGCAAGAAAGACUCAGGUUUUCAAGGAACAAAUCGAGCAACUAAAAGAGAAGAAGAAAGCUCUAGCAGAGGAAAACGCAAGGCUAUCCGAGAAGCCACAAAUUGUGGUAUUCAAUUACCACAGACAGCAAUAAAUGAGAAUAGAGAAAUUUCUGCUUACGAAGAAAGUACUCCGAUUUCAGAUGUGGAGACUGAAUUGUUCAUUGGACUGCCGGAAAGGAGAGCAAAGCGCCUCCCCCCACAGAAUUGAUCAUGGUCUCAACUAUGCCCAAGUCUUAAUUUGCAAAUAUAAAAUAAUACAUUAAUAUUAGUCAAGACACUUUCUAAUAAUCUUAAGAAUCUAGUUGUUGUACGACAAAAAUGUUAUUGGCAAUUGUAUCAGUGAUUGCAUGUAAGAGCUGAGAGCUUGACAUAUUAUUGUUUGCUGAAA